ACCACUGAUAUUUUGCUUUAUAGAGGAAAAAUACAUUAAAAUAACAAUUAUUAGAAAAAGUAUUUUUUCAUAAUGAAAGAAACAUGCAGUUAUGAUUAGAUACCUUUAAUGUUAAACAAAAAAAAAUCUUGACUAAAUAGGUCGGUAACUAAGAAAAGAAAAAAAAAAGUAAAUUCAAAACGCUAGUGGUGUGGCCCCAAAAGACAGUGCGCGGCGAAAGUCCAAGUUCAACAACACGCGGUACCGCAACGCGCGGCGCAGCAGUCCCGAUGAAGCUGUCACUCGUGCUGUGUGUGGUCGGGCUGGCCCCGACCGUGCUGCCGGCUAAAUAUAUGCCCAAAUGGAAAAAACAGGCAUGCGAGCUGCCGGCCGUGCAAAGCGAGCACAGUCACUACGUAUGUGACGAGAAAGGCGAGCCAAAAUGUCUACCCGGUUGGCAGGGGGAUCUGUGCGAUGUGCCGAUUUGCAAAAAAGGAUGUGAUCCUCUGCAAGGUUACUGCAAGCGGCCAGGCGAGUGCCGAUGCAAGCUCGGCUUCUACGGCGAGCGAUGUAACAAAUGUAUCCCACUGCCGGGCUGUCAACACGGCUCGUGCAACGUGUCCUUCGAGUGCGUGUGCAAGGAGGGUUGGGACGGCCUCUUCUGUUCUGAGCCGAUCUGCCGCUCGGACUGCCACGCGACGCGCGGCUUCUGCGAGUCGCCGGGCGAGUGCCGCUGCCGGCUGGGCUGGUCCGGCCCGACCUGCCGCGCCUGCCAGCCGCUGCCCGGCUGCCAGCACGGCUACUGUGACAAGCCGCUCGAGUGCAAGUGCCUGCCUGGCUACACGGGCCUGCUGUGUCAGACGCCGAUCUGCUCAGCGGGCUGCCACAGCGAGCGCGGCUACUGCCGCCGCCCGGGCGAGUGCCGCUGCAAAGUCGGCUGGACUGGACCCACCUGCUCCCAAUGUCACCCGUACCCUGGCUGCGUUCAUGGCACCUGCAGCAGACCUUGGGAGUGCGCCUGCGAGCCGGGCUGGGGCGGCAUGCUUUGCGAUGAAGAGUUGAACUACUGCGAGAAGAACCCAGACACCUGUAAGAACGGCGGCAAAUGCCAGUCCCUAGAAUCCGGCGACGGUUACUUCCGCUGCUCCUGCCCCGCCGGCAUCAGCGGCAGGAACUGCGAGAAUCUGCCCGACAGCAUGACCACCCCCACUGCCGAUUCUACAAACUCCACAGAGGUCCCGGAAACUUCCAGUGCGGAGACUACCACGGAGCUCUCGAAGGAACCCAGUGAGGAAAAUGAGACUAAGUAGUCAUCUUCAUAUUAUUAAAAUGAGACUUAUUAGUCAUCAUCAUAUUAUUAAAAUGAGACUAAGUAGUCAUCAUGAUAUUAUUAAAAUGAGACUUAUUAGUCAUCAUCAUAUUAUUAAAAUGAGACUAAGUAGUCAUCAUGAUAUUAUUAAAAUGAGACUUAUUAGUCAUCAUCAUAUUAUUAAAAUGAGACUAAGUGGUCAUCAUCAUAUUAUUAAAAUGAGACUACGUAGUCAUCAUCAUAUUAUUAAAAUGAGACUAAGUAGUCAUCAUCAUAUUAUAAAAAUGAGACUAAGUAGUCAUCAUCAUAUUAUUAAAGAUCAGAGAUCAUACACUUUUCAUCAUCUUUGAAAACUAAGUGCGGUGUUGUACCUUGUAACAAUGCAAUGAAAUCUCUAGAAUCAGACCAAGCUAACUGUAGGUACAGUCAGCAAAACUAUUGGCUCAGCACCCCCUGGAUACAUUUUCCUGAUUGUACAUGACAUUUGCAAUGACAAAGUGCGUAACUGUCAUAAUACCUAAAUGUAUUUUUUAGAAAAUAUGACUUUUAUUAAAGACACGACAUUUUCGCACUUUGUUCUGUAAUCAUCGGUGCAGAGUUAGAUUAGAUGGACUUUAGCGCCUAUCUAAUAGAGCUGCAAUGUUCUGCCACCAGAGACAGCACUAGCACAAACCGUAAACCGUAGAGUAACAUGUAGUGAUAUAAUAGAGAGUUGCUGAGUUGCCUAAGUAAGGUACGAGAUUGAAAAACUUGAUUAUAUCACUAUUGUAUACAAUAAUUUUUCUAAGAGUCCUCUAAAAUAAUAUAUUUUUUACUAUAAAACCUAAAUAAUUAAUGAAAAUUGGUAAGUAGACAAAAAUGUAGUACAAAAGAUUCCGCAUGACCCCGAGCCCCGUGCCGUUUAGUGUUUUCUAUGGGAACGCGGCGGCACGUAAUUGGUAAUUUUUUUUACAGUUCACUACAGCGUAUCGAAAUGAAUCUUAUAGCUUAGUUGGGAGCCCAUAUAAUUAUGAAUAGUACGCAUUUAUAGUUUGAUACACGAAAUACGAAAUCUUAAUUCAACCAUUACAGUCAACAAAAACAGCUUUUGGACAAGUUUUCACAGAUUAUUUGUUACGAAUAAUAUAAUUACAUUACGUUGAUACAAUAAGGCGGAUUGUUUACAGUUUGUGCUAGUGGCGCCUCUACGCAGAAUUUUGCUUAUAAUGUCAUUACGACUGGGUACGAAGUGGCGGAGAAAUCAAAUUCUUUAACUUUCAUAAUCAUAAUGAUUCAUUUAUCGAAAAUUGAAAAAGAGACGUCACUAAUUCGCAAUGUUGGGAGGCAGAGGUCGGUUAAACCGUUUACCCAGUGUCAAAUUGUACUGGUAACCAUGGCAACUCCAGGUUUAACCGGUUACCAUCGGGUUAGUAAAAUGGUGCAAGUGAGUCUUGGAGGGGUAAAAUCGAAUUAUAGCUAAAGUAAAAUAUUUUUGACGAACAACAAUGUUUAGUAUAUUAAAAUCAAGUAGGUAAAGUAUACACCUUACCUACACACUUGGAUAUUCUCAAAAGAACUGACGACUGAAUUUCAUACUUAUUUACUUACCUUGAAUAAAAGGUGACAUUAUGAU